GACAGUACCGUACAUCGAAAACUGACCGCAAAACCAUAGAGAAAAACAGGAGGGAACAAAUGAAAGCCCUAUUCUCCAAGCUCAAGUCUCUUCUACCCCAUCAAAGUUCGAGGGUCUCUCUCUCUCUCUCUCUCUCUCUCUCAACAGGAGGGAACAAAUGAAAGCCCUAUUCUCCAAGCUCAAGUCUCUUCUACCCCAUCAAAGUUCGAGGGAAGUAGCAUCGCUGCCGGAUGAACUAGACAAAGCCGUGAAUUACAUCAAGAAGUUGCAGAUCAACUUGGAGAAAAUGAGAGAGAAGAAAGACAGCCUAAUGAGAGUAGCUAAGAUCAUUAAAAAUAACAAUGCAGGCUCUGUUGGUGGACUUACUGAUGGAGGGUUAAAAUCACCACAGAUCGAGAUUCGUGAAUUGGGUUCAGCUCUACAUGUUGUUCUGAUAACUAGGUUGGAUUGUCAAUUCAUGUUUAGAGAGUCGAUUCGCGUGCUUAAUGAGGAGGGAGCUGACAUUGUUAAUGCCAGUUUCUCAGUUGUUGAAGAUGCCAUUUUACACAUAAUACAUUCUAAGAUCGGCGAGUCUGCACCAACCACAGUAGCUGCAAGGGUAUCUGAGAGACUAAGAAAGUUUGUGAAUGGAUCUAGUACUAUUGCAUUUUGAGCGUUACAUGAUCACUCAUUGUUGCUACAUAUAUAGGCUUUUGCAAGUUCUUUUGGUCAUGAUCAACUACGUGUAUGAUCAAAGAAUUAAGUUCAAAUGCCCCCUUGGGUAUAUCUGUGUUAACAGAAAUAUAGUUCCUAGCCUAGCAUUGUUCAUUGGUAGAAAAGAUUGUUAUGUUGCUGUUAUAAUUAGUGCUUAAUUAGUCUUGCUAAUUAGGGUUAGUUCAUGCUUAAUUAGUUAGUGACCUACAACGGUCUACCUCGUGUUGCU